AUGGCAGUAGAACCAGCUCGUCAAGAUGCCCAGUACCUCCACGCAAUUGUCGAUAUGGGAAGUAAUGGUAUACGCUUCUCCAUCUCCAGCCUGCAGCCUCCCACACAACGAAUCAUGCCUACCUUGUAUCAACACCGCGUGGCGAUAUCGCUGUAUGAUGCACAAUACUCACCAACAGGCGAAAAAGUUCCCAUCGACGGCAAAACCAUCAUAGCAGUCAUUACGGCUUUCAAGCAGUUCAAGCGUACGUGCAAAGACUUUGGAGUUCCUGAGCAAAACACUACAGUGCUGGCUACCGAAGCGACCAGGACUGCCGUGAACUCUGAAGUUUUCCGAGCAAACAUCAAAAAGGAGUUAGGAUGGGAUGUGCAAAUGCUUGCCAAGGAGGACGAGGGUAGAGUUGGUGCGAUGGGUGUUGCGUCUUCCUUACCUAUGCUCAGCGGUCUCGUGAUGGAUCUGGGAGGCGGGAGCACUCAGCUGAGCUGGAUUGUGAAGAACAGUGCAAGCGAUGGAGUACGCCUUCCUCCGUCGGGUGCAGUCAGUAUGCCAUAUGGUGCAGCAGCCAUGUCUAGAAGACUAAGCGAAGCUGAAAAAAAUGGAACGACUGCGAAGCUCCGAGAAGAAGUGCAUACCGCAGUGAAGAAUGCAUAUUCCAGCUUACAGGUUCCCAAGGAGCUUGAGAAUGCUGCUCAACAACAAGGCGGCUUUACUCUGUACCUGUCUGGAGGCGGCUUUCGAGGGUGGGGCUAUGUGCUCAUGAGCCAACAUCGUGUACAGCCAUAUCCAAUACCAGCCAUCAAUGGUUUCAAGGUCUCCCGAUCAGCCUUUCUGAGCACGGAUCAAGUUAAGGCUGCCGCUGCGGAGUCGUUAGAGCAUACUGGAGAAGGCGAGCUCUUUCGCAUAUCUGAUCGCAGAGCGGGACAAGUUCCUGCAGUCGCUUUCCUGGUCAACGUGCUGGCAGAAGCUCUUCCCCAAGUGAAAGAAGUCCGGUUCUGUCAAGGCGGCGUUCGGGAAGGCUACCUCUUCUCUUCCUUGUCAACCGAGGCCAAGGCACAGCUUCCACUGGUCGUGGCAACCCGACCAUUUGUGCAACCGACCGUUUCGAACGCGCUGGUCAGGAUGCUAGAGUCGGCCUUUCCAGUAGGAUCGACAUCAGGCGCUGUUGAUGACUACAAAAGUGUCUUCAUUCCCGACUUGCUCGAAUCCUUUGCGAACCUCAUCUACUACCACUCCAGUCACCCAAAAGAUCUCCAGCCUUCCGCAGCAUUGCGCUGUACCACAGCGGGUAUCCUCGCGGGCGUACAUGGCAUCACACAUGAGGCCCGCACACUCAUCGCAUUGCUUCUCUGCGCAAGAUGGGGAGGCAGCAUACCUCCCAGCGACGAAGCAUUCAAGCAUAACCUCGAGCAACUCGUAGAGUCUCCCUGGAUUCUCUGGUGGAUCAGCUACCUCGGCGCAGUCGCCUCUCUAAUCGCAAACAUCUACCCUGCAGGACCUCGCGAAGACCACGACCGACUUCGACUCCAAGCUUCCUGGGCCCAGGACGAAAAGCAGCGUCCUCUCUUACAGCUGACUGCUUCCAUCACCGCUGACGUCGACCAAGAGGCUUUCUUGUCCGAAGCACACGAUAUUGAGAAAGUGGGCAAGCGGAAGCGAUGGAUCGGAGGCAGAGAUGGCAUCGGACAUCGAGUCCACGUCAAAGUCAAGAUUGCUAGCUGACGUUCACGGCUUCGUCGCUCGCUACUGGGGCCGCGGCAGAAGAUUUGAGUAUUUCAAACCUCUCUGUAAUCAAAUUAUAGCAUU